AUGAGCAAGGUGGAGACGCUGCGCUCCGCCGUCGAGUACACCGUGGCGCGGCGCAACGAGCGGGAGCGCAACCGCGUGAAGCUGGUCAACCUGGGCUUCGCCACCCUGCGGGAGCACGUCCCCAACGGCGCCGCCAACAAGAAGAUGAGCAAGGUGGAGACGCUGCGCUCCGCCGUCGAGUACAUCCGCGCCCUGCAGCAGCGGCUGGACGAGCACGACGCCGUGAGCGCCGCCUUCCAGGCCGGCGUGCUUUCGCCCACCAUCUCCCCCGGCUACGCCAACGACAUGAACUCCAUGGCCGGCUCGCCCGUCUCCUCCUACUCCUCCGACGAAGGAUCCUACGACCCGCUCAGCCCCGAGGAGCAGGAGCUGCUGGACUUCACCAGCUGGUUUUGAGUCGCCCGGCCCGGGGAGGAUGCUCCUGGGCGCGGGGCUUCCCUCCCCGCUCACCCCCACCCCUCUUCCCGCUCCUCUCGGGAGGACACGGAGGAAAUCUGUGUGUGUGCGCGCGUAUGCGCGCGCGCGUGUGUGUGUGUGUGACAGAGAGAGCGUGUGCAGAGAUCUCUCCAGCCCAAGCACACGAGGGGGAGUGGGGGGGCCGCCUCUCCAGGAAGACUGAAGCACUCACUGCCUUUGCACUCCGCUCAAGGACCACGACGGACUUGAAAGCUGCCUGCUCAAGCAUGCGGCCUCGCCGGCCGGCGUCCCCCCUCCCCUCCGGCCGGGGAAGAGCGCUGCCUACCCUCCACCCAGCGAGGAGCUCUUCCCCCGCAUCCUCCUCCUCCUCUUCCUCCCCCUCUUCCAGCCCUGUCCCCUAACCCCUGUGGACAAACUUAGUCCCCUCAUUUUGGAAAUUCAACUCUGCUGUACUCAAAGAGCCCUUCCCCCACCCCACCCCGACCUCUUUUUUUGCUACCACCUCCCUCCUCAAAAUGCUUCCAAUCUUUUUUUGUGAAUUUUUUUAUUAUAAGAAAAACAAAACAAAACAAAUCUAUUUGUAUCUAUCCUAACCAGUUUGGGGAUAUAUUAAGCUAUUUUUGUACAUAAGAGAGAGAGAGAUUUAUAGAGGUUUUGUACAAAUGGUUUUAAAAUGUGUAUAUCUUGAUACUUUUUUGUGUGUGUGUGUCCUUUUUGGGGGGAAUAUGUCAUGCUUCUUACCUCCUGCUCUUUAGACGUGUAGUCCCACCUUACCUUACAACUGCCAUCUUUUGUAUGUGGCUGUUGUAAAGGACUCGGGGGUUCCUCCAGAUGUACUUUAGCACCAACGUGUCUUACUUUAUAGCAACUUUCUUAAUGUAUUAAUAAUGUUAUUAAACCGUGUUCAGAGUGAACAAAGUUUUAUGCAGCUAUUGUCCAAACGCCAAACGGGAGCCAUUUGUUGUAUAUACUGCCUUUUUUCGAGGGGGAAAAGGAGAAAAAAAAGCAAACAAAACAAAAAAACCAGCAAGCAAACAAACGAGAACCUGACGCCACUGCCUUUUCUUAUUGUUCUAUGACGAACUUACAAAGGUCCUGU